AUGCAAACAGGUGCGGUUGUGUUGUUUUGUGGCUGGUUGGUAGUUGGUUUGGUGUGUGGCGCUCCACGUGUGCAACGAUCGACGGAUGAAGCGGCUUCUAGCUAUUUCUACUUCAGCCGCUCGCCAGCACAUUCUAUCCAGCUAGGAACACCGUUCGAUGAACUUCCGGUGAUUCCGAAACAACUCGACACUGCAUACUUCCCUACGGUACAUGUCCAUCACGAUGUCGAAAGUGGUGAGAGUCAUAAUGGGAAGGGUUUGUUCGAGAGUGGUGAAGAUGAGGACGAUCAUGCAGCGUACCGUGUAGUGGAGCAUGAUCAUGAGCAGGAAGGUGGAUCUUCGUACGAUGAAGAUCAUCGUGCAAAGAAGGGCGGAAAGACGGAAACGGGCUACGAUAAGAAGCAUGCACUUGAUCAUGCCAGUAAGGGAAGUUACGGCAAGGAAGAUCACAAGCAACAGUACGGCCAUGGUGGAGAUCGGAAGCAUUCACACCAUGAUGAGGCGUCACACUACAACGAUCACCACGCGGAAGCUAAGCGUACCAAGGGUGGUAAGCAUCACGAGAAGAAGCACCACAAGAAGGGAUCGAAAACGACUGGAUACCACAAUGUAUACCACAAGGACGAGUACAAGAAGGAGCACGUGUUCUACGAUACUAGUGAUCACACUGGACAGUUUAAAAAGUACGGAUCCUCGCACGAACAUCAUGCAAAGGAUGCAGGACAGCACGCCAAGGGCGGCCAUGAAGAUCACGCGCAUCAGGAAAGCUCGCACAAGAAGGCUGGCAGCAAGCAACAUGGCGCGUACGACCAACAUCACACUGCGUUCCAGAAUGGGCACGGUGAGGAGGAACAUCAUCACGACGCGUCUGGGUACGACCACAAGGGUGGCCACUCUGGGCUGGGUACACGUGGUUACAAGAUAAUUCACCCGUAA